AGCACCAGCAGAACGUCAAGAGUGCUGAAUGUAUUAAAAUUUGUCGAGUGCCAAAAAAAAGAAGCGAAUCGCGAGUGCAUUUUCCUGCCUUUGGGUCGCCAAAAUCCGCCCCCGAAAGAUCGGUUCUGCCGCGUCGCUAUGUAGGUCGGUGGCCGCCGGAGUCGCGAACGUCCCGAAACGGCCCCCCGAAAACGGAUGGUGAAUUCUUUUGUUGUUGGAGUGCCUGCUGCCAGCAGCAGCGUAGAAAGAGGACAGACAGAGAGGGAGGGAAGUUGCUCGCUCUCGCUUUCGCCAACGGCCAGCAGAGGCCGCGCGCCUGGUUCGGUGUGGGGGGAAGGGAAUCGCCGCCGCCCUCGGGACAGAGUGGCCGCCACCACCAGCACCACAACGGGGAAGAAGAAGACUGUGUACUGUGUGUGUUUGCGCUGCUGCUGCUGCUGUGGGAUAGAAGGUUCUACGACGGGGACGUGCCCCGGGGGAAGUGCGUUGCGUGUGGCGGGUUGUGUGCAUGAAUGUGGUUCCGGCGCAACGACGGUGACCGCUGUCGUCUAGCGCAGGUUCCGCGGUGGUGUUGAAGUAGUAGAAACGCGCAGAAAGCGGGAGGGGGGAAGAAGUGGGAACCACUUGUGUCCACACACAGAACAGUGCCACAAUGACCACCCUAAUGGACGAGGACCGCCGCAAGAGGUUGCUGGCGCUGGAGGAGAAGAUCCGUGACCCGGGAAGCAUCGCCAACAUCGACUGCCUGCUGGACACGGUCACGGCGCUGGUGGCCGAUUGUGACCACGACAAUGUCAAGAUUAUCAAAAAUAUCGAAACCUACAUUAAGCGAUACAAGGAACUCGCCCGCGAAAUCAACGAUCUGCGCAUGAAGCCGGAGGACUUCCUGCCGAUCAAGCUGAUUGGGCGCGGUUCGUUCGGCGAGGUCCAGCUCGUCCGGCACAAGUCCUCGCGGCAGGUGUACGCGAUGAAGCGGCUGUCCAAGUACGAGAUGAUCACCCGCUCGGACACGGCCUUCUUCUGGGAGGAACGGUACAUCAUGGCCCAUGCCAACUCGGAGUGGAUUGUCCAGCUGCAUUACGCCUUCCAGGACGCCAAGUAUCUGUACAUGGUGAUGGACUACAUGCCGGGCGGGGACAUUGUCAGCUUGAUGAAUAUCUACGAGAUUCCGGAGAAGUGGGCCAUUUUCUAUACGAUGGAGGUCGUGCUGGCGUUGGAUACGAUCCACAGUAUGGGCUUCAUCCAUCGGGACGUCAAGCCGGACAACAUGCUGCUGGACAAGUACGGUCACCUGAAGUUGGCCGAUUUUGGCACGUGCAUGCGGAUGGGCCCGGACGGGUUGGUCCGGUCAUCGAACGCUGUCGGAACGCCCGACUACAUCAGUCCGGAAGUGCUGCAAUUCCAAGGUGCUCAGGGUGGUUAUGGGCGCGAGUGCGAUUGGUGGUCCGUUGGUAUCUUUCUGUACGAAAUUUUGAUCGGCGAUACGCCCUUCUACUCGGACAGUUUGGUUGGGACGUAUGGGAAGAUUAUGGACCAUAAGAAUUCGCUGGAAUUCCCGGGGGACGCCCAAAUCAGUGAAAACGCCAAAUCGCUCAUCAAGGGCUUCCUGACGGAUCGAACGCAACGGUUGGGACGGUCCGGAAUCGACGAGAUCCGGAAUCAUCCCUUCUUCCAGAACGAUGUGUGGACGUUUGAGAAUCUGCGCGAAUCGGUGCCACCGGUCGUGCCGGAACUGAGCAGUGACGACGACACGCGAAACUUUGACGAGAUCGAAAAGAAAAACAGCGUCGAAGCCAACUUCCCAACGCCGACGACCUUCUCCGGUGAUCAUUUGCCGUUUAUCGGAUUCACCUACACCGGAGACUACCAGCUGCUGAGCGGAGGAUCGCAGGACAACGUGGACAACAAGACCACUUCGAUAACGGGAUCCCAUCGGAACCAUCACGUACGGCAUCGAUCGUCCAACAAUGCCGAACUGCUCCGGAUGGAGAACAUGCUCCAGCGCGAACGGAACACGAUCGAAAUGCUCGAAAAGCAGGAGCGGACACUCCGGCAGCAGAUCGAGCUGAUCACGCAGCGCGAAACGGACAUUCAAAACUUGGCCAAUACUUACGAGAAGGAACUCACCAUGCUCAAGCACAACUUCCGGGAGAUGAGCCGAAAGGCGGACAGCGAGCAGGAAGCCCGCCGGAAGACGGAAGCCCAACUGCUGGAGACAAACAAACGCCUGGAAGAGGAAAAGAGCAAACGAACCCGCGAAAUGAACAACAAUCAGCAGUACAACGACAAAAUCAACGCGCUGGAGAAGCAGUUGACCGACAUGCAGGAAAAGUACAAGAGCGAAACGGAAGUGAGUCAAAAGCUGAAGAAGCAGGUGGCCGAACUGCGCCUCAGCAAAACCGACGUCGAGCAGAAGGCUUCGGAUCUGGCGUCGAUGCUGGCCGGCCUGCAAGCCGCUCGAGACGCCCUCCAACAGGACGUGGCCGAUCUACAGACCCGUCUGGCCCAGGAACGCAACGCGCGCAUUCAAAUGACGGAGCUGCAGAAGGAACUGGAAGGGAAGCUGCACUCGCUCGGUGGCGAUCUGGAACGGUCCGUAACGCGGGAACAGCAAGCCCUCGAGGACAACCGCUGCCUGUCGGACCGGAUCUCCGACCUGGAGAAGGAGAACGCCUCGAUCGAGUGCGAGCUGAAGGCGGUCCAGAACCGGUACCACCAGGAAGUGCGCGCCCACCAGGAAACGGAAAAGUCACGCCUGCUGAACAACGAGGAGGCCAACAUGCAGGAGGUCAAGGCGCUUCAGACGAAGUUGAACGAGGAGAAGGUCGCCCGUCAGAAGGCCGAGCAGAACUCGCAGGAAAAGGAACGCCAGAUAUCGAUGCUGUCGGUGGACUACCGGCAGAUCCAGCAGCGCCUGCAGAAGCUCGAGGGCGAGUACCGGCAGGAGUCGGAGAAGGUCCUGGCGCUGCACAGCCAGCUCGAGCAGGAGCAGAGCAAGAAGAGCACGCUGCUGUCGGAGCUGAGCCUGCAGAGCUCGGAGGUGGCCCACCUCAAGGCGAAGGAGAUGCAGCUGGUCAAGGAGGUGCAGCAGUUCCGGGAGACGAAGCGCAAGUACGAGGAGGACAUUGUCAAGAUCAAGAACGCCCACAACGUGGACAUUUUGCAGAUGAAGGAACUCCAGGAUCAGCUGGAGGCCGAGCAGUACUUUUCGCGGUUGUACAAAACGCAGAGCAACGAAGUGCGCGAAGAGCUGGAGGAGAAGACGCGCCAGAUUCAGGACCUCGAGGAGGAGCGGAACUCCGUGCUGCACCAGCUGACGUUGGCCGGAGCGCGGGCCGAUUCGGAAGCGUUGGCCCGCUCGAUAGCCGAGGAAACGGUGGCCGACCUGGAGAAGGAAAAGACGAUGAAGGAGCUCGAACUGAAGGACCUCAUCACGAAGCACCGGAACGAGCUGUCUACCAAAGAAGCGGCUCUCACGACCCUCAAGGAUCUGGAGACGGAGCUGAGCAAGAAGCUCAACAACAAGCUGUUUGAGCUGGACGAUCUGGCCCAGCAGAACCGCAAGAUGCAGGACGAGCUCGGCCAGCUGAAGAGCGAACAGGCCGAGAUGGAGAAGCUGCGCACGAAGCUCAAGACGGAAACGAUGCUGAAGCAGCAGGCCGUCAACAAGCUGGCGGAGAUCAUGAACCGAAAGGACAACAAUCUGACCGGCGGUAGCAAGCAGAAAAGCAAGGUCAACUCGGCGGCCGAUCUGCGCAAGAAGGAAAAGGAGAACAAACGCCUCCAGCAGGAGUUGUCAGUCGAGCGGGCCAAAUACGACGAGCUAUGCCUGAAGCACAACGACACCAUCAGCCAGUUAUCAAGGGAAAUUGAUAUCAAGACCAAGCUGCAGAUGGAGAUCGAGUGCAAGGCGACCGAGAUCGAGCACCUGCAGAUGAAGCUGAACGAGACGGCGUCGCUGUCGUCGGCGGACAACGACACGCUGGAGGCGGCCGACGCGGCCAACCAGCCGGACGCCAUCUUCGAGGGCUGGCUGAGCGUGCCGAACAAGCAGAACAUCAAGCGGUACGGCUGGAAGAAGCAGUUUGUGGUGGUGUCGCCCAAACGGAUCAUCUUCUACAGCUCCGAGGUGGACAAGCAGAACACGAGCGAUCCGCUGCUCAUCAUCGACUUGAGCAAAGUGUUCCACGUGCGGCCGGUCACGCAGGGCGACGUCAUCCGGGCCGAUCCCAAAGAAAUACCGCGCAUCUUCCAGCUGCUGUACGCGGGCGAGGGCGAAGCGCGCCGGCCGGACGAGCAGCAGCAGCUGGACGUGAGCUCGUCCAAGGCCGACGAGCGGCCCCUCACGCUGCAGUACAAGGGUCACGAGUUCCUCCAGAUCAGUUACCACAUACCGACGACCUGCGACCUGUGCCAAAAGUCCCUCUGGAGUGUCUUCAAGUCGUUGGCCGCGUACGAGUGUAAACGGUGUCGCUUCAAGCUGCACAAGGAGCACGUGGACAACAAUAACCCGCUGGCGCCGUGCAAGCUGCACCACGACCCGAACUACGCCCGCGAGAUGCUGCUGCUGGCGACGUCCAACGAGGACCAGAACCGGUGGGUCAGCCGGCUCUCGAAGCGUAUCCAGAAGAGUGGAUACAAGGCCAACUCGACGAACAAUCUGGGCGGGGCGGGUGGGGGAGGUGGGGGCGGUGCCGGCGGUAGCACCGGAAGUAGCAGCAGUGGCAACGGCGACGGAAGCAAGAUAUCGCCCAGUCAAUCGACCCGUUCCAAUUACAAGCCGUACGCUGUGAAUGUGCAACGGUCCGCAACGCUUCCGGCCAAUGCGUCCCUGAAGCAGCAACAGUAACAACCUGGUCAACCUUCCUUCCCUACAGGUUCUCCUGAACAUUCUAACACCACAAUUUACAAACUGACAAUAAUUCGAUCGUGUCCUAAUCAAAAUGUUGGUCAAAACAUGCUCACAAAAAGGGAGGGCGAAAAUUUCUAUUGUUCUACCCUACACACAUUACCUAGUAAUCGCGAUCGUGGCCAACAGCUCAAACUUCAUCAGCAAUUUUCGGCUAAACCAAUAGUGAGAUAACAAAACAAAAAAAUGGCACCGAACAAACUAAAAAAAACACACUCCCACGCAUUUAACUACUGAAUAGGCUUGUUGUUUUAACCAAUUGUUUUUAUUAGCUAUUACUCAAUUACACGAGAGAGAGAACAAUGGGAGAACGGAGAGAAAUACGCAACAGUAAAGCUCUAAGCAAGAGAAGAUAUCAAGUGCUGUGUUGAGAGAGAAGCGGAAAAGAGAGAGAAUUGAAAGAGAUGUUUUAUAAUGAUUUAUAUACAAAAAAAAAACUUAUACAAUAACAAUCUGUUUGUGUACUUGAAAGGGGGAAAAACCGUUGGUUUCGUAGCUGGACUAGAGUCGACUCGACAGACUUGCUUAAAGUAAGACUAACACCAACCUACAAACGCUCACGCACGCACGCAAAUCUAUUGUUUGUUUUUGUUUCGAGGGCUUCUUAAGCAAAACACAAACACACACACUACUGGAGACAUUCCUGUUUUAAUAAACCCCUUUUUGUUUUAGCUUUUUGUUGCAACCCCUUUUUGCUGCAGCUUUUUUCCUUUUUAAACUGACUGAUUUUUAACUGCUAUUGUUCUCGCCUACUGCUACCUAACCUGAAAAAAAAAACUAACAUUUCCAAAAAGACACGCAGCUCUUUCGCUUUCGGACCUAGCAACCUACUUUUUUUUUUGUUUUGUAAUUUUUAAACUCGAUCAAGGGAGGCAACGACAUUCGACUAUUAAGACGUUUACAUACAUAUUUAAAAGAGAGGGAAAGAGAAAGAGAGGAAAGUUGGGGGAAAAGAUUAACAUGUUAGCAUUCGUUCUAGUGUUUUGGUUAAUAUUAUUAUUAUUAUUGCUGUAGUAAUCUUACUGAUAAGAGGAAAAGAAAAUCUUCUAGUUAGGAUUUGAAUUAUGAUGUAAUAUGGAAGCAACAAAAAAGAAGGGAAUUCAAAAUUCCGCUUAAUAAAGCACGAUGAAGAGAGGGAGGAUAGAUUUAUUCCACGGGGCAGCUCUUUUCCGUUUUCCCCCCUGUGUUCGCAUGCGGGGGGAAGACAAAAGUGUGACGGUCGUUAGCUUAUUAUACAUAAAUAAAGUCUAGACGUUAGCGCUAGAUUUGAUAAUAUUUAACAGAAAGGAUAUUUUUUAUCAACCAACUUUUAAUUGUAUAGCAAAAAAAAAAAAAUAAGAAAAGAAAUGUAACAAAUUCCAUUACAACAAAACACAAGUGCCUUUUAAGACGUAACUGUAACAAGAUGCGGAAAUUUCAUUAGCAAGAAUGCCAACAGCAGCAGCAGGAGAAGACGAAACAAUAAAACAUUUAUAAAAACGCAGAAAACACGUGUAACGAAACAAAAAAAAAGAGGAUUCAGCAAAAAAAAAGUAUAACCAAUAAAGUGAGGGAGAAGCAUUUUUGCUUCACAAUAAUUGGCUCAUCGAAUAAAACAUUUGUACAUUACUUAUAUA